UGUGAUCAGCAGUACAACACGCUGCGCGUGUCUUACGUGUUCUGUCGUUUUAUAUUUAAAUAUAUCUAUUAUCUUAUUCGGUUCUAUGUUUACUCUUUGAGAUUUACGCAAUUGAUACUUCAUCAGAUAUACUAAAGACAGUGUUGUGACAUUUAUUAUUAUGUAAACAAAAGUUGAAACUAGUGUAAUGGAACGGGUAAAGGUUUUGCAAGAUGUAUGAGUAACCAAUGACCGCAGGGCAUCCCUGCACCAAGGCGCGCGGGAGGGGCGCGGGGCGCGGCGGACGGGAAGAUCGCUCAAUUAUGGUCCUUCGAAGAAGACUAUCUACCAACUUUUGACGAGUAAAAGGGGGCGGAUACGAUGCCACUCACGCAAGAUAAACGUUUGGAUGAUAACUUCUCUAACAACAAUGAUCACAGUUAUCUUCACAAGAAGUUUAAAAAAAUGGCAACUACAAUGUCUCCGUUAUCCGCCAGUCACCUUAAAGGCGGAGUAAGCAGGCAUUUGGAAACAAGCGUAGCACAUUCUGCUUGCAACACUUCAAUAUCAAACGGCAGCAUUGCAGCAGCUCACCCAGAAAUAGAGAAAAUUAAAGAAAGAGAGCUCGUAAACGUUAUAGAUGUGGAGAACAAUGUACAAACUAAUUUAAAUAAAGAUAGCUGUAGAUUAAGUGAUGUAAAUAAUAUCGUUCAAGUAUCUGGUCAGACCAGUGUUACUGAUGAAUUUUUAAAUAAGACUGAGAAUGUUGAAAAUGAUUUUAUCAGGGAUUCAAUCAAUGGAGGUACAGGAGGGCGUUAUAUUUGCCCGUAUUGUAAAUUAUCUUGUGCCAAGCCUUCUGUUCUUCAAAAACAUAUCAGAGCUCAUACGAACGAGAGACCUUAUCCUUGUGUACCUUGUGGUUUUGCUUUUAAAACGAAGUCAAACUUAUAUAAGCACAGACGAUCGAGAACACAUGCCCUUAGAUUACAGGGUGCAGACGUGUCCUCCAUGAAUGAUGAAGACUUGUCAGGAGGGUCCGAAAGUGACACGUCUAUGCCUUCCUUGUCUAUAUCAGACACAGGAUCAGAACCUUCUAUUAUUAGAUUUGAAAAUUCUAGGCCUAGCGAGUUUUCCUCUCCAGAAUUAACAAGCGAUAUCGCUGUGCCGUUACUAAGCAUGAAUACGUCAUCGGCUGAUAACAGUAAAUCAAAAACCAUAUAUAAACCUAAGUUUCGAGCGGCGUUGUAUCAAGAAAGCGACGAAAGAGAUAAAUUGAAAAGGACGAUUUCGCAGAAUGCGGAUUUCCUUACCGAACAUAUCUCAAAGAUUAUAUCAGACAAUGAAGCUAUUGUUGACGUCAUCGAUACACCUUUACAAAAAAAAUAUGGAAAGAUAAAACAAAUUGCAGAAAGUAAACAAUUUCUGAAUGAAAUAGACAUAAAACAAGAACCAUCUCCACUGAAUUUGACUAAAAAUAACCAUGAAAUGGAGACUCCUUUCAGAAAAAGGUCGCAUUCAGAGACAUUUACUCACAUAGACUACCAUAAACACCCAUUAAAUCCUGAGGGUUCAAUUAUAAAAGAUCUACUUUUGAAAACUAAAGGUAAUGGUUUGGUUCCUGUUGCGGGUGAGAUAGUAGAUGGAAUGGGAUCUUUAUUCGCGUGUCCACUUUGUCAAAUCAUUUACAGAAGUGCAGAAAAUUUGGAAGUACAUAGAAUGUAUUAUUGCAAAGGUAAUGUUGCUAAUAGCAUUGUGUCGUCCACUAACGUUCAAAAAGAAUCUGUUAAAGCGGUUAGACCUGAAAAUGUGUUCGUUAGGAGUAAUUCAAUACAUGUUCGCUUACCUGAAACUCCUUCAGGUGUAUUUCCUAAAGUAAACAGGUCACCACCAUUAAAAAGCAAACCUGACAAUCUGGUGAUUGUGAAGCCGGAUACUAACGAUGUUAUUGCUCCUUUACCGUCACCUGGUCCUUUACUUGGGCACACGAGACUCGUUGACACCAGACCUUCGUCCGAUUUAAAUAGAAAAACUGAAAUCAUUAAAUUAAAGCCAGCACUUAGCCCGAAAAGACGAUUAGACAGCCGAUCGGAUACAUACAGCCCAAGAUCUAUAGAAAAUAUUUCGCCAAGGUCUACAGAUUUGUAUCCACAACCUAAAAUAAGAUGUUUUGAAACAAGUUCUGUAACAUUAAGGCCAAUUGAAGAAUUGUCACCACACAUGAGACACAACACUACGUCGCUUCAAAUGUUUGGCGGAGAAGUAAAAAUAGUAGAUCACUCUGGUGGCACGACUACGUUAAGAAUUGAGCCAAGCAAAAAUCAACUCUCACCCAUUUUAAUUCAACAAAACCUCUCGCCGUCUAAGAUCGCAAAUGAUACGGAAGCAAGCAGUGUUGUAGUAAGGUCUGGAUUACACUCGGGAGGAACUAUUGUUCACAAUCCUCCAACGCCAAAGGAAAUAAUUACCACACCGCAGUCUAAAACACCUCGAAUAUCUAUGGCCAAUGCUCCGAUCAUUUCAAAUAUACCGAAUAUUCAUGAUGUAACACAUUUUCAAUUCCCGCCACUUAGUGCAAUUACAGCGUACAACCCUUUAACCUUACCUCCUCUUAGUCCAUCGUCGUCACCUAGCGGUACAUCAACAAUUUUGCACGGUGGAAAAUUAAUACCUCACGUACCUGGCAUUCCUGGACCUAACACGCCAGGGUUGUUCAUUGGAAAUCCUAAACUUCAAUCAAAAACUGCGAAUAAUGAUAAUAAAACUUUACUUUCACCAAGUGAAAAUGUGCACGGAGGCUUAGUUCAAACAGUAAAAGUGACAUUUGCUUCAAAAUAUGAUUCUAUAAGAAACGUCAAAAGUCCAAUACGCUCACUUCAUAACGAAGCAGAAAAAGGCCAGGAAAACAGUUAUGGAAUUGAAUCACCGCAUCAGAAUAUGUCACCAAUACCGAUAAUAAAAAUUAAAAAUGUAGAUGAUUCUAGUAUACUUCCAAAAAUAUAUUCAAACAACAUCAUUAAACCUGUAAUCGGCAGACAAGAUAUCGCCAUCAAAAGAAAUGCCGAAGGUAUUCCAAGGACAACCAUACUAAAAGAGACAACCACAUAUCCAAUAAAUAAAAUAAAAAACAAAUGUAAUGUUACUUUAUUUUCUAAACACAUAGAUUCCAAACAAGAAGAAAUAAGAAACUUCAACUUUGAAAAUCUUAUAACUAAAGCUGAAAUAUACAACAAUCAAAUUCCAAGUUCAUCCGAGGUUCAAAAGAAUACCAAUGCUCAGGAGUCACUUGGCGUGCCCAUUCAAAACGAACGUUCAGAAACUUCUUAUUUCCAAAAAAGCUCUUCAACGAAGAUCACAGCAGAUGAAAGAAAACCGAAAUUUUUAAGACCGUCAACUUUACCUCUGAAACCUGGAACCUUUACACCAAAAAAACACCAUGGUAUCACUCCCAACGCAAACACAAUGCCUCUGGUAUCUCCUGAAACUCCUCGACCAGCUAAAGCCUAUGGCCAGCUUUAUUUGAAUGGAAAUGCAUACACAUACUUGGGACUGAAAUGUUCUACGAAAGUAUUUUACUGCACAAUUAAUCGCCCACAACCUACUUAUGUUCCAAAUCAACACUUUCUAUCGAUGUACAGUAAUUGGCAGUUAUUAUCGGAGCUGACGCCAGACCCGCUGGGACUGUCAGCAUCGUCUGCUAUGUCUCUCUAUGACUCACGACAUCGACCGCAAAGCGUAGCUGUCGCUGUGAUUAAACAGGAUCUCAUAUUGACACACUCGUCACAGUGGAAUACAAAUUUGAAUGACCAUAAAGAGAUGCUAUCACUCGAAUCGAAAUUGUCUGAAGAUACUAAAGUGCAACAUCCUGAUAACGUACCCAAGAAGGAAUUAACAGGAGGAUUCGAGAGCAAUGAAGAAUAUACUUACGUACGCGGGCGCGGUAGAGGACGAUAUGUUUGUUCCGAGUGUGGAAUUCGUUGUAAAAAACCUUCUAUGUUGAAGAAACACAUUCGUACCCAUACUGAUGUACGACCCUAUACUUGCAUACAUUGUGCUUUUAGUUUUAAAACGAAGGGAAACCUUACAAAACACAUGAAGAGCAAAGCACAUUAUAAAAAAUGUUGCGAAUUAGGAAUAAACCCUAACGAAGGAAAUGACAUAGAAAGCGGUGAAACAGUUCAAUCUGGAGAAACAGAUGAUGACACAGAUACAGACGGUGAUGAAGGAAACGAAGGCGAAACUGAGUCAAGUGACACUGAAGUCAGCAAGUCAAGACUUCCAGAACAUGAAGCUGCACAUUGUUUGUUAUCAUUAGGAGGGUCUAGGCCAGCUACAUCGGCGACACCAGGCCUUAUAACCAGUGCACGGCCGUGUACAUAUCCAUACACUCCAACUGGAUUAGAAAGCACUAGCACUUUAGACUUCAAUUCCGAGAGAUUACAAAUUUCAAGGUGUUCAUCUGUAGAAUCCAGAUCAACUACAGACAAUGAACCAAUGGACCUGAGUAAAAAUGAGGUUAAGCCUUCAGGAAAUAAUUUAACUGAAAUACCCACAGCCAGAGAGUCAAGUGUACUGGCGUCCUUAGCUUCAAAUACAGCGAAGCUCCCGCAGUCUCAAUCACAAUGGCCUAAUGGAGAACCUAUGCUUCACACAUAUUUAACAGAAAGAGCACUUUUCGACUCAAAAAUAAAACAAAGUCAACUUACAGGUAAUCUUAGCAAAGCAAGAAAAAUCGACUUAGAGAAGCCUCUUUUUGUAGAAAAUGGCAGUAAUCAUGUUGCCAUUGUUACGUCAUCCAACAGUCCAAUUCCAUCUACCACAGGGUCUCCAAGAAUUGAUGGGCCGUUAAAAGUGGUAAAUCUUUGUGAAAACGAUAACUCACAUAAAAAUAUGACAAUUUCAAAAGAAGAUAGCACAAUACCAUCUAAAGACGUUUCUGUAACAUUAAAUGUGUCUACGGAAUCUAGACAAAUUCGUGUGCAAAGUACUAGCAAUGCAGAAAACGCAAAGCAUGUUGUUUCCGAGUAUUUGAAACAUGCCAGAAUGAAUUUAACGAAAAACCAUGAUGACAAUCCGACACUUCAAAAUGAUAAUAUGUGUGAAAUUAAUAAUACUAAAAGGACUAAUAUGGAAGAAACCACUAAAGAAGAAUUAAAUAGUAUAGAACACGAUUCUAUGAAACUGUCACCUUUAGAAAUCGACCCUGUUGCUCGGAAAGUUGUGAUUGGUGUAGGCGGUGUCGCGUUCAAAGUGUCCAAUAGAAAAGAAUUUGAAAAUACUUCCUACUCGCCAGGUAAACUUAUGGAAGACGGGCGUAGAGUUUGUGAUUUUUGUAACAAAACUUUUACCAAACCUUCUCAAUUACGCUUGCAUCUAAACAUUCAUUAUAUGGAAAGACCAUUUAGAUGCGGUGUGUGCGCCGUUAGUUUUCGGACGAGAGGUCACCUCCAGAAACAUGAACGGUCGGGCUCACAUCAUAAUAAAGUGUCUAUGACAUCGACAUUCGGAGCGGCGACUUCAUUUAACCCAAGACCGUUUCGAUGUUCUGACUGCAAUAUUGCAUUUAGGAUACAUGGACAUUUAGCAAAACACCUGAGGAGUAAGAUGCAUGUCAUGCGACUUGAGUGUUUAUUUAAACUGCCCUUUGGGACAUUUACUGAAAUCGAACGGGCGGGAGUUAGCCUUACGGACAUUGAUACAACAGACUGCGCCAGUUCGCUCGCAAGUUUGCAGUCUUUAGCUAGAAAACUUCACGAGAAAGAUCCAACUAAGUUAGAAUACCGCGAGCCUUCUACUAUUGGAGCACCUUCUGCUGGUAAGGAGUCAUCUGAUGAUGAAGAAGGGAUUCUGGCUUCGGAGAAAAUGUGUGACAAUGAAAAAGAUAGUGAGAUGAAAAAUAUUGAUAGUAGUGAACAUCAAAGGAAAGAAACGCAAGUUAACUAUAGUGCCACAGAUAAUUAGUGCCAAAAUUAUUCUAAGUAGGAUAUUUUAAUGUGCAAUUUUGUUUCUGUUGUUAAUUUAAGAUGUAAUUAUUCAUACUGGGGUUUGACUCAGGCACGACGUGUGAAAACAAUGAUGCGCUUUAAUUAUACUAUACACAUGUGUAUUUUAAUUCAAUAUAUAAUUGUGAAAAUAUUGUAAAUAUCUCAAUUUAAAAUAAUUUUAAAGUUGUUAAAUUUGCUUCCAUUGUAAGGCUUACUUAUCUGUUAUUGAUUAGUAACUGUUAACUUAUACCUAAACUAAGAAGGGUACAGUUGAUUGCCUCUAUCGUAAAGAAAUUACGAUUCAAUUUUCCUUUUAUGUCUAAAAUUACCGAAACUUUAAAUUUACUGUAACAUUUUGUGGUCCACAUAUAAAAAAUAUUAAAUAUCAAAAUACAUAUUACAAAAUCCUAAAAUUAUAAUCUUGAAUAAGUACCACACACUUUUGUAUGUAUUUUUGUAAAAUAUAUACCUGAUGUAUUUACAUUGAGUAACAACUAACAUCUACUUCCAAGAUCCUUUAUCUUUAAAAACGAUUGGCAUAUCAACUUCCAUAAACGAAAUUUAGAAUAAUUAUACAAUAAUAAAAAUCCUCGAUGAGUCUUCCAUAUCAAAAAAUAGUACUUGUGCUAGAUAUUCGUUUAUAAAAUAGUUGCUCUGCGAAUGGGUGAAUAUUUGAUGAGUGAUUUUAUCUCUGUUGCCUGUAAAGCAAUAGCAAUAUUUCCGUUCAAUAAGUUCCGUGCAUGUUUCCAUCUGUAUCAAUUAAAAGGACAGAAGACUUAUUUUUAAUUCAUUCUGAACUUUUUAUGCCUUAUAAAUUUAUGCAAAGUUGUCGUAGCCCUCUUAAAGUUGUAGAUCAGUCUAUGAUCAACAAUUAAUUUGAAAGUACUAAACUAAAAUUAAGUCCUUAGGUUUUCGCGAUUGUUACACAUAGGAAAUGAAACUAUUUUUCCGGUUUCCACAGUUAACCGUGACCAUGGG